AUGUCCCCAAUGCCUGCUCCACCAAUCGCAAUCCUCGGCGCAGGACCUUCCGGCCUCAUGCUAGGUCGUCUACUCGAGAGACAACAAAUUGACUACAUCAUCUUCGAAAGAGACGUAGACGGCUCUGUCGUCAAUCAAGGCGGCUCCCUCGACAUCCACAAAGACUCUGGGCAGCUUGCCCUCGAACAGGCCGGUCUGAUCGAGGAGUUCAGGAAACAUGCACGUGUCGAUUGUGUUACGAAGCUCGCCGACAAGCAUGGCAAUGUUGCGAUGAGCCUUGAGCAACAAAGCGAUCGACCGGAGAUUGACCGCAAGGUCUUGAGGCAGCUUCUUCUGGAAUCAAUCCCUGAGCAUCGAGUGCAGUGGAACUCCAAGGUGGCCAAAGUGGCCAAGGAAGAUGAUGGACUCAUGUCUGUUCAGCUUUCGAAUGGAACAGUGCAGUCCGGUUUCAAGCUUGUCGUAGGCGCAGAUGGGGCCUGGUCGAAAGCUCGAAGUCUGGUGACAGCAGCAACACCCGAAUAUUCGGGAAAGUGUUACUUGACGACCCAUAUUCAUCCCGGCAACCCUCAAUACUCUGCACUCGAGCCCCUCGCAGGUCACGGAAGUUACAUGGCCCUAGCAGAGGAGAAGUUCCUGUUCGCUCAGUACAUCGGCGAUGGCUCCUAUGCAAUUGGAUUUGGUUUGUACCUCCCAGAGCACUGGAACGAAGAGAAACGACUGCUCGAUGAUCAUGAGGCCCUGAAGCAGUGGAUCCUCGACACUCAAAUGGCGGGAUGGCCGGAGAUGCACACCAACUUCAUCAAACAUACCGAACCUGGAUGGCGUCGAUGGCCGUUGUAUGCGCUUCCAACUGAAGCUCUUUCGUGGAAGACACUUCCAGGAGUAGCUUUGGUCGGCGACGCCGCCCAUGUCACCACUCCUUUCCAAGGCGAAGGCGUGAAUUGCGCGAUGCACGACAGCGUUGAACUGGCACAGCAGAUCGCCAAGUACGGUCUCGAGAAUCUGGAGCAAGCGGUUUCAGAAUAUGAAAAGUCGAUGCUGCCUCGCGGUAUCGAUUUGAUCACCAGAAGCGCCGAGAGUGGAAAGUUUCUGUUCGCGCCAGAUGCUCCUUACGGGUGGAUGAAGAACAUUGCCGGACAGCACGAUUCAUAG